CACGUCGCAAAGCAAACGUCAACGAUUCGUUUACGAAUUUUGGAAAAUAUCUAAAUAUUCGUCUUUAGUAAAUCAAUUUGUUUUUAUUUUGCUAUUUAAUUAAAUGUUAAAAUGAAUCGAGCCGAGGGGUUGGUGCAACGAAGAAACGUGAACGUAAUUAAGGACAAUUCGGAAUUAAAGGAGAACCACGACGUCGAUGAUAAGAAAAAUGAUAAAAGUUAUGAUGACGGGGAUUCAAAGGAAACACGAUUGACACUAAUGGAAGAAGUACUACUUUUAGGAUUAAAGGACAAAGAGGGUUACACAUCAUUUUGGAAUGAUUGCAUAUCCAGCGGCUUGAGAGGAUGUAUUUUAAUCGAACUUGGCCUGAGAGGCCGCGUAGAAUUAGAAAGAGCUGGUAUGCGUAGAAAGGGAUUGUUAUCUAGAAAAGUUAUAGUUAAAUCAGAUACACCCACAGGUGAUGUAUUGCUAGAUGAGGCCUUGAAACACAUGAAAGAAACCGAACCACCAGAAACAGUUCAAAGCUGGAUAGAGUAUCUAAGCGGUGAGACAUGGAACCCAAUGAAAUUAAAAUAUCAGUUGAAAAAUGUCCGUGAGAGACUUGCGAAAAAUCUCGUUGAAAAAGGAGUUUUGACAACGGAAAAGCAGAACUUUUUGCUGUUUGAUAUGACUACCCAUCCUUUGACUGAUAAUGUUGUCAAAUGUCGUCUGGUCAAAAAGGUUCAAGAAGCAGCUUUGAGGCGCUCAAUCACGGAUGUUGCUCACGCGGAUAAGCGAUCACUGGCGCUGUUGAUGCUUGCCCAUUCAGCUGAUGUGCUAGAAAACGCGUUCGCGCCACUCUCCGACGAAGAUUAUGAGUUAGCAACGAGACGCGUGCGCGCGCUUUUAGAUCUAGAUUUCGAGGCUGAAGCCAUGCGACCAGAUGCCUGCGAAAUUAUGUGGGCGGUGUUUGCAGCGUUCACUAAAUAGCGGUAAAUGCGUGUCGUCAUCACUGUUGGCAACUAGGAAAUGGUAAAUUUUUGUUGGAUUAAAAUAAUACUUUUUAGCCCAUUUUGUAAAAUCUAAAACCAUAUAAACAAACGUGAUCGUCUUUAAAUUAAAAAAGGAGUCUUAGAAUGACACAGCAACAUAAAGUUUUAUAAUAAUGGUUUGAAGGUGUAAUGUGCGUGCUAUGGAUGAAACCAACUUGUACAAAU